GUGGUCUGCUGUGAGCCUGACCUAGUGUGCUGGCAGAAUGUCUUCAAUCAUUGUGGGAACUGCAGUGGUGGGGGAGCUCGGUGCAUCGCUUCUCCUGGGUGCCUUCAUUUUGGAUCCAAAAGUUGAGAGCAGCAUGUUCUGCCCACUGAAACUCAUCCUGAUUCCAGUGUUACUCGGUUAUUCUUUGGGCCUAAAUGACUGGAGUGUUUCUUCUCCUGAAUUGAUCGUCCAUGUGGGUGAUACAGCUUUGAUGGGAUGUGUUUUCCAGAGCACAGAAGAGAAACAUGUGACCAAGGUAGACUGGAUGUUCUCAUCAGGACAACAUGCUGAGGGCGAAUAUGUGCUGUUUUAUUACUCCAACUUUAGUGUGCCUAUGGGGCGCUUCAAGAACCGUGUGCGCUUGGUGGGUGAUGUCUUACACAACGAUGGUUCUCUCUUGCUCGAAAAUAUUCAAGAGGCUGACCAGGGAAACUUCACCUGUGAAAUCCGCAUCAAAGGGGAGAGCAAGGUGUUUAAAAAACGAGUGAUGGUGCAUGUGUUACCAGAGGAUCCUAAAGAACUCAUAAUCCAUGUGGGUGAUUCUGCAGAGAUGGGAUGUGUUUUCCAGAGCACAGAAGAGAAACUUGUGACCAAGGUAGUCUGGAUGUUCUCUUCGGAAGAGCAUGACAAGGAGGUGAUUGUCUUAUACUCUGACCUCAAAUUCAACAAGCCUAUGAGGUACCCCCAGAACUGGGGCCGCUUCCAGAACCGUGUAAACCUGGUGGGGAAUAUUUUUCAAAAUGAUGGUUCCAUCAUGCUCCAAAGUGUGAAGAAGUCUGACCGGGGCGUCUACACCUGCAAUAUCCACCUGGGGAGCCUGGUGUUCAGGAAGACCUUUGUGCUGCAUGUGAUCCUGGAAGAGACUAGAUCAACCCCUAGACCUGAGGGCCUAGGCAGGAAUCAGUUGGUGAUCAUUGUGGGGAUCGUCUGUGCCACUCUCUUGCUGCUUCCUGUUUUGAUAUUGAUUGUGAAGAGGACUCACAGGAAUAAAAGUUCAGUCAAUUCUACAGCCAACGUGAAGAGCCUGGAGAACAUGAAGAAGGCUAAUCCAGAGAAACACAUCUACUCCUCAAUAGUUACACGGGAGCUGAUGGAGGAAGAACCGAGUGGACAAUCAGAGGCCACCUACAUGAUCAUGCACCCAGUUCGGCCCUCUCUGAAGUCAGCUUCAAAUAAGCUACUUGAUAAAAUGCCAGCUGGGGGAAUUCCAAAAACAGAGCAAGGUUUUUGAGAAAUAAAGGAAGGUAUCCUUCAUCUUAGUGGUGGCAGGAACUCUGUCCUAUGCGUCCUGGGCCACUGUGCCAGCUAUUUCAGACCCCUGCCGCCCAGCUGCCCUCAGCCAAACCGCUGAAGAUGGAGGGUUUGGAGCCCAGCAGGAAGACUGGGUAGCUUGGGAGGAACAGACCUGAUGGGAGGAGGGAAAGCAUGAACUUGGCCCCUGGAAUGGGACUCCAGCCCUGGGGAAAUUGGCUAAGCCACCCCAGCAGCCUGAAGCAGUGCAUUGGAUCAGACCCCUUCAUAUGGACAGUGUUUGUUGUGGAUGAGCUGCUGGGAAGAAUCACAGAGAUACAAAUCAACCAAAAUGAUUCGUUUGAUGACUUAUCCCCAAAUAAAUGUGGUUUGUGGAAAUCGUCCAUUUUUAUGUCCUGACUCACGGGCACUUUGGAGUUUAGGUGAGGAAUUUGCAGUGUGGAAUUCCUGGAACAGCAGAAGUCUCUGGAAGAAAGCCACACAGUGACACAAUACACUGGGCUGAUUUGGGAAAGGUUUAGGGAAGAACAUGUUGGAAGAGGAGUUGGAGUUCAGCUCUGGUAUUUAACCAAGUGGUUCUUCCUUCCAGCUGCCAUUGCUGAUAACUCCUUACUGGGCCUCACCACAGGCCUCCUGCUCUGGAAUUCCUAGUGGUCACUUAGGCAUCUAUUUUCUUCAGAAGUGAUGCUAACAGGGUAGGGGGAAUGGCUCAAGUGGUAGAGUGCUCGCUUGGCAAGUGUGAGGCCCUAAAAAAAAAGAUAAAAGAAUGGUGCUCACAGAUUCCCAGACUGGACAAUCACUGACUUAACUCCUGGUCUGAAAUGUGAGGUUCCUACACUUUUUGUUUAUUCUCAUGAGAUUUGAUAUGGUCGGUCUUAAAACUCCUUUGAUUCUGAAGUCUGACUUCUAGUCUCUAGGGAUUGACCUGGACUCUGCUGUAGUCAUCUUUCCUUGACCUCCAUAGAUCUUUCUCUGCAUCUCUUUCUUCCCAUUUAGUCAUCCAGGUCCCAGAUAAGAGGAGGUCUUCUUGGUUUCUGAUUUCUGAGCCAGUCUCAAGUGGGGCUACAUUUUUAAAUGAUCCCCCAGUCUCCAUACAUGAGUGUCCUCUCAUACCAUGCCUUAUGAAUUCUCUUACCAACUGCUCUUGGUUAACUAUGGAGAAGAGUCAGUCUCUCUUUCUCUCUCUCUGUCCUCCAGGAUCUUUUUCUGUGUAUGCCAGGCUGGUCUGGAACUGGAACUCAAGAUCCUUGGCUUUCCUCAGUGUUGGUGUUAGAAUUACAGGUUACAGGUGUGUGUCCACCACAAUGGCUAAAUGUUCUCUUUUUGUUCUUGGUUACCGUGGAGCAUCUGUUAGAUCUGAAUAUAGGAGUGUAUCAAUAUGCAUACUGAAAGCACACAUAUUGUCACAUUGGGGACACAUAUUGGCAUGGUAAGUUGCAGCGGUGGAGGGAGCUGGGACAGGACUCUUCACAGCUGAAUUGUUCAUAGGGGAGGAAGUGGUUUCAUUUCUGGCCUAUUAAGUAAAAUUCUUUCCUGAGCUAAGGGGCCCCUUUCCACUUCCUCAAACAGUGUAUGCAUUGGAGGAUGGCCUCAGGAUACAGAAUCAGGUGUGUGAAUGGUAAUUUCACAUCAAUUGUUCUAAGUAUCAGAAUAUUUUGGGUGGGCUAAAUCACUUUUCCACAUGGGCCUUACUUCCACUCUGAUUAUAGAAGUACAGCUAUGUCCACAUUUGAAUCUGGUUCAUUCAGAGUUUGGCUUUCAUUCUGGGUCCCACAGUUGGGACUGAGGAGGAGGAAGAGCAAGCACCUCUGUCCCCUAGCCCUGCUUCACCACAAACCUCCCUCUUACACAGAAGCAUGAGAAGUCAAAGUUGAGGGUAGAAUCCACAGCUGUCAAAUACUAAUAUUGCCUAAAAUCCAAACAGUACUGCAGGGGACCACAAAAAAAGACCUGCUUGUUCUUCCACCUCCUUCUCCUAGAGAGAACUAUGUGUUAAGUAUGGGCACAUGUAGAUGUAUGGUGCAGGGAGUGGGCUUCAAAGUCAAAUGACUUGGUUCAAACCCUGGCUCCCUUUUAUGCUUCAAUACUGCAAAAUUUGCUUGGAUUCUUUGAGGCUGUUUUCCCUAUAUAGAUGCUCUUGACUUUGAUAGGGUUAUAUCUAUCAUAAAUUGAAAAUAUUGUAAGUUGAAAAUUCAUUGAAUUCAGCUAACCUUCAGAACACCAUUGCUUAUGACAGAGGACACUAAGGACUGGUAAUGGUGUACCGAACUGAGAGUUGUGGCUCACUGCCAUUGCCCAGCAUUGUGAAAGAGAACCUUAUUAUAUAUCUAUAGUCUGGGAAAAGAUCAAAAUUCUAAGCUCAAAGUAUGGUCUCUACUGAACAUGCAUGACUUUCACACCAUCAUGAAAUAAGAGAAUCCUAACUGAAGCCAUCUUCAACCAAAGAUCAUCUGUAUAUGAAAUGGAGAUUCAUAGGAUUUUUUUAUUUUUUGCAAGGACCAAAUGAGAGAGUUCAGGCAACAUAGUGCCUGGUCUGAGCUCUCCAACCCCUGCAAGUGUUUUCCCAUUUGGAUUUGUAUUCUCAGCUCUUGCCAGUCCAGAAACUGGUUAUUUUGUCUUUCAUGUAAUGCUAGCCUGUCUGUGCCAUUCAGUCUUAAUGACAAAAUUGAACAGUAUGGAUGACAAUACUUUCUAGUGAUUCAGUCCCCAUCUCUUGUUAAUAUUGACUUCUAUGGGCAGAAAGUCCUUAAACCAAAAUACCUAAGUCCUUUUUCCUUUCCAUCCAAAGAAAAGGAGAAGUAGGAAGCUGAGCUCAGAAGGGCAGGGUGCAAGCUGAACUCCAUGUAGGAGCUCCUUUAGCAAGCAGUUUUGUUACUUGAAUUUUUAGCAUUUUGGGUCCCUUGAACACCAGAUGCUCCCAUGUUCAAAGGUUUCCAG